UUAACGUACAAUCUGCCAUGGGUAGUACACCAAGAAGGUUUUUUAUAUACCUAGCCCUGUGCAUUACCUUAGCUGCCCUGCUUCCUGUUUAUAUCUGGUUGACUGGUGCAGGCCAUGGUUUAUUUUCGAAAACGACCGUCUACCGUGGCUUUCCUCUGCUAAAGAAAACGGGAAUGGGAUCAAAUUUUGUUAGUUUGAUGCAACGUUUAGAUUCCGGUCAAAAGGCGUACCGGAUUCCGGAAAUGACGUCAUGUGUUCCACGAAGACAUAUCGUGUUUUUUAGGGUUUCGAAAUGUUCCUCCACCACGCUGUACAUGCUCCUGCAGCGAGCUGUUGUCAAAUAUCGUUUGCGGGUUCUGCGACCCAAGACCAACAAGAUUCAUUUCUAUCGAGUCCACCCUUACAGGCCAACGAAGAUUACAGUGCACGAUGCAAAAUACAACCCUAAGCUUACAUAUGAUGUUUUAAUGGACCACAUGAUAUACGACGCUGAUGUCAUAAACAAAAUGAUGCCGUCAGACUCGUUUCACCUGGCGAUUCUUCGAGAACCAUUUGCUCAAUUUAUAAGUGCAUAUGAUUACUUUAGACUAUGGGUGAAGUUUAGAGUUCAUUCAGCCGAAUUUCUAAAUCACCCCCAUUUUUACUGGAACCGGAGUGUGUCUUCUCGGGACAAGGCGACGUACGCGAGAAACAGCAUGAUCUCUGAACUAGGUUUUCCAGACGAAAGAGAAGAUUUAAGAGACAACGACACUUUUAUUCAAAGCUACAUCAAUUUCCUAGACUCUGCGCUGGAUUUUGUGAUAAUAGUGGAACUCCUCGAUGAGUGUUUGGUGUACCUGCGACGUUUGUUAUGCUGGACUAUGGAGGAUAUGUUAUACAGUAAUGCCAAUGUACAAAAGAAGUACAGGCGUCCAUGGAGGGAACAAAACAACACAUUGUAUAAAGAAAAACAUAAACGGUGGAGCAAGGCGGAUCACCAGCUCUAUCAACAUUUUCUAAACAAGUUUCUUGCUACACUCCGAAGACAAGGUCAUGAUUUCUUUGAAGAACUCUCCAUAUUCCGUAAGGCAAAAGAUGCGUUGGACAGAUGCGGAGUGUAUAUGAUGUUUUAUAUAAUGUGGUUCUUUCUUCUACGUCUGGGUAAACCAUUCUGUGAGGGCUGA